AUGGAGCCGGGCAGCCGCGGAGCUGAGGACUUCCCACUCAACAUGUUCUCCGUCACGCCCUACACACCCAGCACCGCCGACAUCCAGGUGUCAGAUGACGACAAGGCAGGGGCCACCUUGCUCUUCUCGGGCAUCUUCCUGGGCCUGGUGGGCAUCACUUUCACCAUCAUGGGCUGGAUCAAAUACCAGGGUGUCUCCCACUUUGAAUGGACCCAGCUCCUGGGCCCCAUCCUGCUCUCUGUCGGGGUGACGUUCAUCCUGAUAGCCGUGUGCAAGUUCAAAAUGCUCUCCUGCCAGGGCUGUAAAGAGAGCGAGGAGAGGGUCCCGGACUCGGAGCAGACGGCAGGGGGACAGUCGUUUGUUUUCACAGGCAUCAACCAACCCAUCACUUUCCACGGGGCCACAGUGGUGCAGUAUAUCCCUCCUCCUUAUGGCUCCCCUGAGCCCAUCAGUGUCAAUACUGCCUACCUGCAGCCUGUGGUGAGCCCCUGUGGUCUCAUACCACCUGGAGGGCCGGUGGUGGCCACGCCCAGCCCUCCACAGUACUACACCAUCUACCCUCCAGAGAACGCCGCCUUCGAGGGGGACCAGGACUGCUAUUCCCUCAGGGAGAGCAGAAAUGACAGGGCUGAGCAGUUAGCAGCGACGCCACUGGACCAUGAGGACUUGGCCUGCUUCUCUCCUCCCCGCUAUGAGGAAAUAUACUCGCUGCCUCGCUAG